AUGCACGAUGCAAUAAAAGAAAAAGAUCUCGUUGCUCUGGAGGAAAGUCGAGGUAGCGCCAGGAAGGAAAUCAUCUAUUCUCGUGAGACGGAAAAGGGUAAGGAUGACGACAUUCGAACAAGUGACGAUUCGAAUCGAACGAUCAACGACGAGAAGAUGUGGAUCAGCUUCAGCUUUCGCUCUUUUUUGCUUGUCGCAUACCCUCCAGUAUUAGGUUACGAUGAAGACGAAAUCGAACCCUUUAUGGAUCUAGAGAAGUUUUAUAAAGAAGAUCGUACCUUGUACAAGAUCAUUGUAGUUGGUUUCAAUGCCAAAAUUGGUCUCAGAGGAGCGCCAUAG